CAUGUGCUGAGCCUCUGGACGUCACUGUUCUGCAGAAGGAGGAAGUGAGGCUUGUUUUCUUUUUCUCUGCUAGAGUGUGUGUUUCUUUCAGACUGCAUGGAGCUUAUCCAGGGACUGGGAACAGGUUGUACUAAAAAGAAGUAGGCUUGUUGUCAGGGUGAUGGAAGCACCAGUGCGGGACCUCACGACGAAUGAUACUCAGCCCCCUACCCUGAGCCCGGCCGUGCCCCCUUAUGUGAAGCUGGGCCUGACAAUCGCCUACACUGUCUUCUACUCGCUGCUCUUUCUUUUUGUCUACAUCCAGCUCUGGUUGAUCCUCCACUACAGGCACAAGCGCUUCAGCUACCAGACUGUCUUCCUCUUUCUUUGUCUGCUCUGGGCAGGCCUGCGGACGGUGCUCUUCUCAUAUUACUUCAGGAACUUUGUGACAGCCAACUCGCUGAGCCCCUUCGUCUUCUGGCUGCUCUACUGCUUCCCUGUGUGCCUGCAGUUCUUCACUCUCAGCCUGAUGAACCUUUACUUUGCACAGGUUGUUUUCAAGGCAAAAUCCAAGUAUGCACCAGAGCUUCUCAAGUACAGGUUGCCUCUGUACCUGAUCUUCCUGUCAAUCAGCCUCGUCUUCAUGGUGGUGAAUCUGACGUGUGCACUCCUGGUGAAAAUGUCAAACACCGACCCAAAGAACAUUGUCCUUGUGCGAGUGGCCAUCAAUGACACCCUCUUUGUGCUCUGUGCUAUUUCCCUUUCCACAUGCCUCUACAAAAUUGCAAAAAUGUCUUUAGCAAACAUAUAUCUGGAAUCUAAAGGGACCUCAGUAUGCCAGGUGACCAUAAUAGGGACGAUCGUCAUACUGCUCUAUGCCUCACGGGCCUGUUACAACCUUGUUGUGUUGGCUCUUGCCAAAUACAAAAAUAUCAACUCUUUUGAUUACGACUGGUACAACGUAUCUGAUCAGGCAGACCUGAAGUCUCUCGGGGACGAGGGGUAUGUUGUGUUUGGGGUGAUCCUCUUUGUGUGGGAGCUCCUCCCUACUACUCUGGUGGUGUUCUUCUUCCGGGUCCGAAGACCCGCCCAGGAUGGGACAGGAUCUAGAAUUCCAAGCCAUGCGUUUUCAUCCAGAGCCUAUUUCUUUGAUAACCCGCAACGCUACGACAGUGAUGACGACCUGGCGUGGAAUAUAAUACCCCAAAACUCACAGGCCAGUUUGACGGCAGAGUGGCAUGAUUGGGGGAGUCGAAACAACAGCUUUGUGGCAUACAUAGGAUCAGAGGAACCACACUCCACAACAGUCCCAGAGGAACUUAACCCUUACUGAAGGGGAGUCUUUUGCUCUGCACAUUUGCACAUCUAUCGAGAAGCGUAAGCGUCUAGUACUUCAGAGUGUGUUAGAUCACACGUUUGUGAGCUGUAGCCUUUUGCAUUCAAAUCUUCACUGUAAAUAGCAAUUCAUAUUUUCAGGGAAAGAGGGUAUUUUAAAGUAAAAUACUGUACAAAAGUGAAGGACAAGUGCGAUGUAAUAUGGGUGAAAAAAAUGCACCCACUGAAAUGGUCAUAACCACACUUAAUGAACAUUCUGGGUUGUUAAUUUUGUUUUUAUUUUCUUUGAAAAGCUUGGACUCAUGCUGCAUGCAUUCCUUUUAAGUCCCACAUACAGUACAGAUACAUUAUACUGAUUAUACCCUUACAAAAGAGAACAAAGUUAGGUCAGUUGAUGAGGUAUUGUGAAGUCCAUUAGCUUGGAGCUGCCUGACUAAUACUUCCUUGGGCAGUAGGACAAUUCCUUGCUGCAGAAUAAACAGGCACCGCACCAAAGGAUAAAGGUGCUACACUGUUUAUUUCAUGGGCUAUGCCAUAGACUUAAAUCAUAUUCAGUGGAAUGGAGUUAACCAACAAUGGCAAUCCAAUAAUCCCACUCUAAUGGAAAAUGGUAGCACAACAGCUUCAUUAUAUGAACCAUUGGUAGAAUGGUACCACAGAGGUACUUCUAGGUAUCUCAAUAAUAACCAACACAAAUGAGUAAUUCAUUGCAGUGCCUUAUCUGUACCAUUGUGUUACACUACAGUAUCAGGACCAUGUGUAAUAUUUAAUCCAAAUCUAUUUUGUUGGCAUUUCUGACAAUAUUGGAAAAUACAUAAUCCAACAAGUUCCUAUAUUUUAUCUCCCAUCUUUCACAUUGUAUAUACUGUAAAUUAAUGAUAAAUGCUUAGAAUAGAGUCAUUUGCCCAAAAAGCAGUGAAAAGACAACUGAACAGAAAACUGAUUUCAUAAAUGGGUGUGGAAAAUAUGAAACAAUAUCAGUAUCUAUAUGAUGUUAAAGUAUACCCCACCAAGGAUGGACACUGAAUGUGUUGUAUGUUUCACUCAACCAGCUAGUGUGGACUGCAUUAGUAUACGUACAAGCUAGUUUUUGGGAACAUAAAGCAACAUUCUAGUGGCAAUAGUUUCUAAAAAAAGUUAUGGAUGUUUUUUUUUUUUUCUUUUUUCCCUGUGUAUGCUGUAUUGAAUUAGGAAGACUAGCAAAAAUAUAACUGGAGGUAAGUUAGGGUUAAUGUUGAAAAUAAAAAAGGGAAAAAACUCAAACAAUUGAUUAUUUUAAACAUCAUAACAAGGUUAGGGAGGGGUAGUAAAAUACAAUUAAAAUGGCAGCUCUAUGUUCUUUAAAUACUCCAGUGCACUUGCUGGAAGUGAAACCAACAUAACCCUUAUCUAAAAGUGUAUAUCCAAGAACCCAUGGCUGUUUAUCUACUUACCAAGUCUGUAGAGCAAUUUUGUUUUCUUUUUUUAACAAAAUACAUUGACACAAACUCAAGGUUCAAAGACAAAUUUGUCAUAUACAAAACUUACCCAAUGCUGACGCUCCUGCUCAUCUUUCUCUAGCGUGCAAUACUUACCUGACAGUGUUUUCUACAAAAAAGUAGCCUGCUUUUGUGUCAUAUACAAGCAUAGGUGUGUCAUGUACAUACAUGGGUUUGCAUUGGCCUUUUACGUGUAUUUGUUCUUACUUUAUGGUGCAUAUACAGUAUACUAGUUAUAGAGAAGUGGUGAUAUAUAUAUAUAUAGAUAUAUAUAUAUAUAUAUAGAUAUAUAGAUAUAUAUAUAUAUAUAUAUAUAUAUAUAUAGAUAUAUAGAUAUAUAUAUAUAUAUAUAUAUAUAUAUAUAUAUAUAUAUAUAUUUUUUAGACAUUUAGAAAUUUUGUUUUUCAUAUCUUUUGGGCAUUUGUUAUUUUAUGUAAGAUCUGUAUAUCAUGUACACAUUGAAUCAGUUCACCUUACUAUGAAUAAAGCACUUUCUAGAAUAAAUGUUUUUAGUAUUAUUUUUUAUUGCUGUAUAGUAUGACAGUGCUGUUGCUAUGAAACAUGCCAUGGAGGUGUACUGUGCCACUGUAAAAACUGCAAUUUUGUUCUAGUCAUUUUACAACGACAACAUUAAAUUAAUGACAUAUUCUAAAACAAAACCCUUUCACCCUUAAGAUUUUGGGGGUCCCUGAGUUUCCUUCUGCUUCUAUAUUUGACCUGCACUGAAACUGUUACAGUUUUACAAAUAAAACCACUGGUUCAUUGUUACAUACAAGAAAUUAACGACAGGCACAUUUCAAAUUUUACAACCAGAAAUAUUUAUUUAUCUCUUCAAAUAAAUAUAAUUGACAAGUAGACACAACAAUUAGGUGCAAUUCAACAUGCUUCGGUUCCUGCAACAGUUUGAAUUUACUCUUUUACAAAACAGUAAAAGAUUAGGAUAGUUCACAGAAUAAAAAGGCAAAGUAAAGAGAAUAUCCUACACAUAGAUAAAGUUUAAGAUGAAAUCCUACAAUCAGUUUUGUCACUGUGAGCAAGCACUUUGUUUAUCUUAAGGCAGACAGUGGAUUGCACAGAUAAUCUUGUGCUAAAUAUCAUGCAUUUCAUACAUGAGAAGAGAACACAGUACAGUACUACAGUUUGCAGGCUUUGCUGUUCCGAACAACCCACAACUUCCUUCACCUUUGCUUAGCAAAAGGAAAGCAUCAAAGGUUUAUACAGAAAAAAAAAACAACAACAAAAAAAACAAUUGUGAAACUGAAAUGGCACAACAAUUUCAUAGGCAGCAUGUUAUUUUAGGGAAUGUAAAUGAGACAAACUGGAAAGGCUCAGUAAAUUGCCAACAUACUUAAAACAAGUCUGUAUAUGCAUCUUUUAAGCCUACAAUGUAAACAAUAAAUUGUGUAUGGACUCA